AAGCAAUGAAACCAUAUAGCAGUAUUUAUAUACAAAAGUAUCGUUGGUCACUGACUGUUUGAAGAAAUUUUGAAUUAUGCCUGUCAAUUCUAUACAUUAAAGGUAUUAUAAAGUUUAACAGAAAAUAUGCCCGUUAAUUUCACAGUAUUCAAAAAAUGUUCGUCAGAUAACAAAAUGAUGCUAUAUCUAUGUAAACGAGAUAUUGUAGAUCACAUAUCUUUUAUUGAUCCUAUUGAUGGAAUAAUUGUUUUGGAUAAUUCAUUUUUGAAACAAGGAAAAAUAUUCGGGCAAGUUGUGUGCAGUUUUCGGUAUGGCCGUAAAGAAGACGAAGUAAUGGGAUUGAAUUUCCAAAAAGAUAUGUACUUAGCCUCAGUUCAGAUUUAUCCAUCUCUUGACGAAUACAAUUCUUUUAAACCUUCAAAUAUUCAAGUAUGCUUGUUAUCUAAACUAGGCAGCAAUGCUGUGCCAUUUCGAUUCAAAAUACCACAAAAUGCGCCACCGUCAGUAAUACUUCAAGAUGGAUCAAAAGAUCGGACUGACGCGUGUGGCGUUCAAUAUUAUGUGAAAAUAUUUGCUGGUCUUUUUGAAACUGAUCACAAUCGUGCUAAGAGUUCGGUGGCUAUGAGAAUACGUAAAAUACAGUAUGCACCUAUUAUGCGUCCUAUGAGCAAACAUCCCUGCACAAUAGUCCGAAAAGAUUUUAUGUUUAGUCCAGGGCAACUGGAAUUAGAAGUAGCACUGGAUAAACAGGUAUACACACACGGGGAAAAUAUAAUGGUUACUUUGUGCAUUCGGAAUGGCAGCAAUAAAACAGUGAAAAAAAUCAAAGUAAUCGUACAGCAAAUGGUGGAUAUAAUGUUAUUCCAAAAUGGCCAAUGUAGAACAACAGUAGCGGAAGCAGAAACCCAAGAAGGAUGCCCAAUUUUACCAGGCUCGUCAAUACAAAAGACACUUGCUAUGUGGCCUGCAUUAGACAAUGUUAAGGGGAGGUAUGGUGUCGCAAUAGAAGAUUCGAUUAAAGACAAAGAGCCUUCACUGGCAUCGUCUGUACUAGUACCUAACGCUGAUAUUAGUGAAGUAUUUGGCAUCAUAGUAUCAUACUUAAUCAAAGUAAAACUAUAUCUGGGGGCACUUGGUGGUGAUUUGACUACUGAAUUACCAUUUCUAUUGAUGAAUUCUCAAGAAGAAGAUGUUGUCAACGUAAAAUAAAAUGUAUUUAAGCAAUCAAUAAUUAAAAAUUUUUAUUUUAUCCUAUAAUCUGUUGAAAGUUUAAGAAAAACUGAUAUGAACUAUAAUUUUUCCAAUAAUUUAUGACGUUUAAUUAAUUUAAGUAGUUUUAAUAUUAAUAUAUUGAUUCUCGUGUAAACAUUUUUAUCAUCCAUUAGUUUUUGAAAGCGAGAUGGACGUACAUAACACUGUUUUUACCACAUAAAUCGGAAGUCUUAAAAAAUACAGUAAUUUAUAUUUA